CCAAAUAUAUACAAAAUUCAAAGUAAUAAAGAACAUCAAGCAUGGAAUACUACACAUUUUCUCAAGGGUUUGCCGAAAACGACCAGGAACGUGCACCGGGAAAGCAUCACGUUAAGAAGACGUGGGUUAAAGAACGUUAUGAGAGUGAUGAAGAAGAUGGUUCGAGAGAGGAAGAGGUGAACCAAAUGAUCAUAAAAGAAGAAGAAGAUGAAGAAACUAAAGGCAUGGUGAUGUCAUCUAGUACGAUGCUAACAAGUAAGGUGAAGUAUCUCAACUAUGGAGCUCUCAAACAUGAUACGCCACCGGCAGCGUCUAGUGGUGGAGGAAGAGUCAUGCCUCCUCCGUCGAACAGGUACCACCGUGGCCAUCCCAAGUACUACAGAUGCAGGGGUUGAAGUGAAAAAUCUCCGGAGAUUAAUCUGUUCUCGAAUUAAUAAAUGAAUGAUAAAUAAGUUUGGUAAGUAUAUAUAUUUACUUUCCAUGCAAAAUGUUUCACCAUGUGCUUGUAAGUUGUAAUUUCUGUUGCGAAAUAUUUGAUAUCUAAGAGAAAAAAAUAAUAUGAAUGAUCAUCCAGUACUUAUUUA